GCAUCCCUAGUGGUCUCUCUAAAGGGCCAUCCAAACCCAUUUAGAUGGUUGUGAGGCUAAAAAACGCUCCCAGUGGUCUCUCUAUAGCUUCCUCUAAAUUUAGACGACCUCCCAUAUCGUUGCUCCAUCCUCCAAAUAUAGAGGACGAAGCCACGACCAUCCAAAGCAAAGCUGCUGCCCGCGCUUUCUUCCCGCGCGCGUCUGGAGAGCAGAAAAGGAGGCGGGAGCGUCUCCCGCGAAAUCGCCGUCGCCGUCGCUCCACUCGCCGGCCAGAUAAAUGGAUAAUUCACAGACGGAUGACAUUGGGUUUUUAGACAUGUUGAAUGGGGGAUCGGGUGAAGUGAAUUGGAGUGGCACACAAUAUUCUAGCCCAAUCAGUGAACAAGAGAAGAUGUCAACUCCGGAUGUUUCAGUUGUUUCUGCAUCUGCAUUUGCAAAAUCAAAACAAAAGAAAGCAAAAACACCGUCGACAAAAGGGAAAACUUGGUCUAGCGAUGAAGACAAGGUGUUGAUAGCGGCAUGGGGAAACACUAGUUUGGAUGCGGUGACCGGGACACAUCAAAACUCAAGUUGUUAUUGGAAUAGGAUUUUAGAUUACUACAACUUGCAUAAGGACCCGUCAUGGCCCGAGCGUAAUUAUAAUGCAGUCAAUUGCCGUUUCACUGUUAUUUCAGCGGCCACAAGCAAGUUUUGUGGAUGUCUUCAGCAGAUAUUAAACCUGAAUGAAAGCGGAAGGACUCUCAACCAGAAGCAAACAGAUGCUGAACUCUUGUACAUGUCUUUGGAUCCUGAAAAGAAGCCAUUCAAACUAAUGCAUUGCUAUGUAGAGUUUGAGAAGUACCCAAAGUGGGCGACAUGUACAGUUCCUCAGAAAAAACAAAAGAAAACCUCCGAUGCAAGUCCAGGUUCAACCUCCAAUGAUGAAGAUUUUGUGGUAUGCACAGAUGCUUUAGAAAACGAGAAAAGACCUCGUGGUACCAAGUAUGCGAAAGAACAAAGAGAUAAAGCCUCCGAUGGUAGUGCUGUCAAGUUGUCAUUGGAAACCGUAUGGGUACAGAAGUUAGAGAAAGAUGAUAUCAAAGAGGCAGCAAAGAGUGCUCGCUAUGCACUAGCAUUUGAGUUGCAAAAAAAGCAGAUUGAAUUGAAAGAGACUGAGGAUGCAAGGCAAGAGAGGGAGGAUGCACGGCAAGAGAGGGAGGAUGCACGAAAACAGUUUGAAUUGGAAGAGAAAAUCAUGCUCACGGACACUAGUGGUAUGAAUGUUGCACGGCAAGAGAGAGAGGGAGGAUUUUCUCUGAAGUAGUCAUUCCAGAGGAGAACAAAUCCGGCAUCUCUUGCUCGGUCAAUUGUCUGACGCCCAUGCUUGGAACCGCCAUGGCGUCGAGCGUUCCUCUUCUCUUCCUGCUCACGCUCUCCAAAUGCUGCAAGAAUGAGUUCGUCGUCAUCAGAUGAAGACGACGACGAAUUCAUGAGCAUAUCCAAUGAGGAAAAUUCUCCAUUCAUCAUUUUUCGGUGUUGGACAGAGGAAUUCAAAAGAGAGAUGAGAGAAGGAAAAGCGAGGAGUGUUGGAUGAGAGGUGGGAGAGGUGGUAUAUAUGGACCUGGAAAUAUAGCCGUUGGAAAUAUAGCCGUUGGAAAUAUAGCCGUUUGAAAUAUAGCCGUUUGAAAUAUUACUAAACUAUAUAAGAGAGAAUUUAGAUGUCCUAGAUAUAGAGGAACCACUGAAAAACUGAGAUCAUCUAAAAAAGAAUCUUUAUAGAUGACCAUCUAUAUGGAGAUAUAGAGGACCACAUUUAGAGGAACCACUAGAGAUGCUCUAAGC